AUGUCUAUCGCCGAUAUCCAGAAGGUCUCCAUCCUAGGGAAGGAGUCCAUCCACUGCGGCCUCCACCUUGUCCCGUACAUCGUCGACACCGUUCUGCAGACACUCCCAUCGUCCACCUAUGUCUUGGUCACAGAUACAAACGUCGCGAGCCUCCACCUGGCGGCUUUUCAGACAGCAUUCGAGGAGCACAAGCUUUCCGCGCAAGCGAGGUUUUUGAGCUAUGUUAUUCCACCAGGCGAGACUAGUAAAAGUCGAGAGGGAAAGGCAGAGAUUGAAGACUUUCUCCUCCUGAAUACAUGCACACGCGAUACGGUCAUGCUUGCCCUCGGUGGGGGUGUAAUUGGUGACUUGGUAGGCUUCGUCGCCGCUACAUUCAUGCGCGGAGUGCGCUUUGUGCAGAUCCCCACCACGCUGCUCGCGAUGGUGGACUCCAGCGUGGGGGGGAAGACUGCCAUCGACACCCCACACGGGAAGAACCUCAUCGGCGCAUUCUGGCAGCCGGAGUACAUCUUCAUCGACGCAGCAUUCCUCGAGACACUGCCUGCGCGCGAGUUUUCAAACGGAAUGGCCGAGGUCGUAAAGACUGCCGCGAUUUGGAAUGAAGACGAGUUCUCUGCACUCGAAUCGCGCUCUGCCGAAAUCUUUGCGGCAAUACAGACGCCCUCGAAAGAUUUCUCUGGGCGCACCAAGUCCACUCGCUCCCCCGCACAGCAGCUUCUACUUUCCGUAAUCGCGGGUUCUAUCUCGGUCAAGGCGCAUAUAGUCACCAUUGACGAGCGCGAGACUGGCCUGCGCAACCUUGUCAACUUUGGACACACCAUCGGACAUGCUAUCGAGGCCGUCCUGACGCCCACAAUCUUGCACGGCGAGUGUGUUAGCGUAGGUAUGCUUCUUGAGGCAGAGGUCGCAAGACAGUUGGGCGUGCUCAGCCAAGUCGCGGUGGGCCGCCUAACGCGGUGUCUGAAAGCGUACAACCUCCCCGUAUCUCUGUCCGACGCGCGUAUUGCCAGCCUUCCUGCGGCGAAGGGCCUCGGCGUCCAGAAGCUGCUGGACAUAAUGAAGAUUGACAAGAAGAACAGCGGCCCGCACAAGAAGAUCGUCAUACUGUCGCGUAUCGGGGCGACGUACGAGCAAAAGGCGACCGUCGUGGCGGACAGCGUGAUCGCGAAGACCCUGUCUGAAGCCGUCAAAGUCAUACCUGGAACGCCCACAAAAAGCCCAGUGCGCAUGGCGACGCCGGGCUCGAAGAGUAUCUCAAACAGAGCUCUGCUUCUCGCCGCACUGGGCAAAGGGACGUGUCGCUUGAAGAAUCUAUUGCACUCUGACGAUACGCAGGUAAUGAUGAAUGCGCUAGUAGAGCUCAAGGGUGCCAGCUUCUCUUGGGAAGACAAUGGUGAGACUCUCGUUGUGCAGGGAGGCGAAGGCUCCCUCUCAGUCCCUCCGAAUGGCAAAGAAGUCUAUCUCGGAAACGCCGGUACCGCGGCGCGUUUUCUCACGACGGUCUGCACACUGGUUCAAUCAUCUGCUACAGGCGAGCGUACUGUGAUUACUGGAAACGCGCGCAUGAAGCAACGCCCGAUCGGACCACUCGUCGACGCACUGCGCGCCAAUGGAAGCGACAUCAACUAUGUAGAAUCCCAGGGCUGUCUCCCGCUGUCUGUCGCACCUGCAGGUUUGAAGGGCUCGACGAUCCAACUCGCCGCGAGCGUCUCUAGCCAAUAUGUCUCAUCCAUUCUGUUAUGUGCGCCAUACGCCCAAGAUCCCGUCACGCUAGAACUUACGGGGGGGCAGGUCAUCUCUCAGCCAUACAUCGACAUGACGAUCGCCAUGAUGAAGACGUUCGGUAUCAACGUCGAACGUCAGGCAGACAAAGCUACUGGGAAGCUGCUCGAUGUGUAUCACAUUCCGAGGGCCGUCUACACGAAUCCCUCAAGUUACAACAUCGAAUCGGAUGCCAGUAGCGCCACCUACCCUCUUGCUAUCGCCGCGAUCACCGGGACGACGUGUACUAUUGCGAACAUCGGAUCUGCUUCACUUCAGGGUGAUGCGCGCUUCGCGAAGGAGGUCUUGGAGCCGAUGGGCUGCGAGGUGGUCCAAACCGAGACCGAGACUACAGUAACAGGUCCCCCAUUAGGCAAGCUCAAGGCGUUAGGAUACGUGGACAUGGAGCCGAUGACGGAUGCAUUCUUAACCGCGUCUGUGCUUGCUGCCGUCGCGACUGGCACACCAUUGCAAGGGCGAGAGCUGACAGACGGUUCAAGGCCGACAACUACGCGAAUCCUGGGUAUUGCGAACCAGAGGGUGAAAGAAUGCAACCGCAUUCGGGCUAUGAUAGAUCAACUAGCCAAGUUCGGCGUUGAAACAAAAGAGCUGGACGACGGUCUCGAGGUUUACGGCAAGCCGAUUCAAGAACUGAAGGCAGGAGCGAGUAUACAUUGCUACGACGAUCAUCGCGUGGCUAUGGCAUUUAGUGUUUUGAGCACUGUGGUCAAAGAUACCGUCUUGGAGGAAAAGCGGUGUGUCGAGAAAACCUGGCCCAACUGGUGGGAUGACCUUGUGAACAAGAUUGGUAUAGACGUCGAGGGUGUGGAACUUCCCGUCUCCCACUCUGUAGCGUCCGCUAGCGGACCUGCUACUGAAGACACUGCCGCAUCCAUCAUCAUCAUCGGAAUGCGAGGAUCUGGGAAGACGUACAUUGGUCAACUUUCUGCGUCCGUCCUCGGCUGGCAGUUCUUGGAUGCGGACGCGGUAUUUGAAGAGAAGCAUCAGACCGGAGUUCGAGAGUUUGUUAACAAACACGGAUGGCCCGCCUUCCGUGCAGCUGAAACUGAAGUGCUGCAGGAGUUGAUCACAAAACAUCCCAAGGGAUACGUGAUCAGUCUUGGUGGUGGCAUCGUGGAGACGCCGGGUGCCCGAGAUCUCCUCAAAGCGUUCGCCAAACACGGCCCUGUGGUGCAUGUGGUGCGAGAUAUGGACGAGGUCGUCGAGUACCUUGGAGAAGAGACGCUUCGCCCAGCAUAUGGAGAGCCAAUCAUGGACGUCUUCCAGCGCCGUGAACCAUGGUUUGCAGAAUGCUGCAGUUAUGUGUUCGUCAAUCGAACUGGAUCUGUACGCUCCGCUGUUAACGGACAUGCGGACACUCAGCUCGUAGUGGAGGCGUCGCCAUCCCAGAACAGUAUUCGAGAUGAAGUUGACCGCUUUUUCCACCAUAUUACUGGCCAGCGGCCGAAUUUGGCGCCCACAAAGACUGGUGACAGGAGAACAUACUUCCUGUCGCUCACGUACCCAGACAUCGCCCCUGCUCUGGCACACAUUGAAGAAUUGACAACUGGCGUCGACGCCAUCGAAUUGCGCGUCGACAUGCUCCGUUCGCAGAAGGACUUUGAGCGGCCGGGAUCUUGGAUUCCUUCUGUCGCAUAUGUCACCGAUCAGAUCGCUGCUUUAAGACAGAAGACGUCUUUGCCGAUUGUCUUUACCACUCGGACCAUAUCCCAAGGAGGACAGUUUCCCCCUCAUGCGGAAGCGGAAGCGUUUGAGUUGUUCCAUGCUGCUGCCCGGAUGGGUGUGGAGUACAUCGAUGUGGAAAUUUCUUGGUCAGAGAAGCGCAUCCAAGAGCUUGUGGCGCGUAAGGGCCAUUCCGUGAUAAUUGCCUCUUGGCACGAUUGGAGCGGCAACAUGCUCUGGGACGGUAAGGAGGUAGAGGCAAAAUAUCAAAUUGCUUCCAAGUUUGGCGACAUCGUUAAGAUUGUGGGCAAGGCUAAUGGAUUUGAGGAUAACCUUGCUCUGCACCGUUUUGCGAAGCGCAUGCAGUCGAGUACGAACGGGAAGCCUUUGAUCGGAAUCAAUAUGGGCGUCGAGGGCCAGCUAUCCCGAAUUCUGAACCCUACCCUGAGCCCAGUUUCGCAUCCUCUCCUUCCUUCGAAAGCCGCCCCGGGUCAGCUCUCCUUCGCUGAGAUCCAGACUGCUUUGCAUCUGAUUGGACAGAGUCCGGCUCAGCGCUUCUACAUCUUUGGCAACCCGAUCGCGCAUUCGAUGUCACCAACCCUUCACAAUACUGCCUUCCAGAUCCUUGGGCUACCACACAAGUACGAACUAUUCGAAACUCAGUCCGUUGGCGAAGAGAUCAAAGCGGCUCUAGUCUCCCCCGACUUCGGCGGUGCCUCAGUGACCAUCCCCUUCAAGCUGGACGUUAUCCCUUUGCUGGACUCAUUGUCACCAGAGGCGGAGGCUAUUGGCGCAGUCAACACUAUUGUGCCUAGAAAGAAGUCGAAUGGCUCGCCCUUGCUAUAUGGCGACAACACUGACUGGAUUGGGAUUCUGGAGUGCAUACGGUCUGCUCUGCCGAACACAGCACAGACACCUGAUGCUGCGCUUAUCAUUGGAGCCGGUGGUACCUCACGCGCAGCCAUCUACGCCUUGCGCCAGCUGGGGGUCAAGGCCAUAUACCUCUACAAUAGGACAAGGCAAAGCGCGGAGGUCCUAGUUAACGCAUUCCCCGACGCGGGUGUGGUAAUUAUCGACGAACUGGGCACCUGGCCAGAAGGCGGUCGGCCUCCUACUGUGAUCAUCUCAACCGUGCCCGCGUCGGCGACGAGCACCUCCCCGAAUGUCGAAAACACGUUGUACCUCCCGAGCUCAAUCUUCGCAAGUCAAUAUCCUGGCGUGGUGGUUGAUAUGGCGUACAAGCCUGCGGAGACUCCAUUGCUUGGACUGGCGGCAGACGUGGCGCAGAAGUGGAACCGGGUGCGGGGUGUCGAGGUGUUGCUUGAGCAAGGCUUCAAGCAGUUUUACCUCUGGACCGGUAGACGCUGUCCAAAACGUGCUGUUUCUGAGCGUGUCUGGAACGCAUACGCGAGGGCAGCAUGA